CUUCCUGGGGUGCGAUGCAGCAGUACAUGCAAGUCCGUGACAUUUACUUAAGCCAUGUAACUCGUCAAAGAAUCGCGCGUUUGUAAAGAGUCAAGCUACUUAUUGAGAUCAGCGCGAGAAGUGGUGUGGAGUAGAGCGGUUUAUUGUUUGAGGAGAAUGUGUGUGUGCUGACAGCGGCACGAGCGGCAAAUCAGCAGCUCCUUAUAUCUGAGUAAGAGCACGCCAUGAAGAGAUCAGUAAGUUGGGAGUCUGGGGCUCUUUGACUGGUGCUGUUGUUGGUGCUGGCUGCCAGGUCAUGAAGAUCCGCUGGUCGAGGAAGGUGGCUUUCCUGGCCAAGGUCUGCUUCCUCUUUUCUCUGCUGUGGCUCUUCUACCUUCUUCUAGUUCGUUCGUCCCCUCAAUCUCUUCCUGAUAAAGAUGGUCAACAUGACAUCCUGGUCCGUGACCUUCCGUCCAUUAAGGUGGUGGACUCUGACAGCCUCCUGCGGCCCGUUUAUGAGAAGCAAACGCCAGACCCCAGUGCUCCUGGAGAAUAUGGCCGAGCCACUCGAUUGACCCUCAGCCCUGAGGAGAAGAAAGAGGAGGAGGCCAGCAUUGAGCGCUAUGCAAUCAAUAUUUUCAUCAGUGACAAGAUAUCUCUCCAUCGCCAUAUUCAAGACAACAGGAUGCAUGAAUGCAAAGCUAAGAAGUACAACAGCCGUCGUCUGCCUACAACAUCAGUGGUAAUAGCGUUUUACAAUGAGGCCUGGUCCACUUUACUCAGAACCAUCCAUAGUGUGCUGGAAACGACACCAGCCGUCCUACUGAAAGAGGUCAUACUUGUGGAUGACUUUAGCGACAGAGGCUAUCUGAAGUCACAGCUGGCUCAGUAUGUCAGUAACCUGGAGCGUGUUCGUCUCAUUCGCACCAAAAAAAGAGAAGGUCUGGUACGAGCCCGGCUCAUUGGCGCCACCUACGCUACAGGACACGUGCUCACUUUCCUUGACUGCCACUGUGAGUGUGUGCCUGGCUGGAUCGAGCCACUGCUGGAAAGCAACAAGUUUUGGCAUGCCGUGCCUGAAAUGGAUCGCAAGAUACGCAAAUCCAGAAUUGACCCCAUUAGGUCUCCCACAAUGGCAGGGGGCCUAUUUGCCGUCAGCAAGGCCUACUUUGAGUAUCUGGGCACUUACGACAUGGGAAUGGAGGUCUGGGGAGGAGAGAAUCUGGAACUUUCUUUCCGGGUGUGGCAGUGUGGAGGGUCUUUAGAAAUUCACCCAUGCUCCCACGUGGGUCACGUGUUCCCCAAGAAAGCACCGUACUCCCGAUCCAGCUUCCUUCAGAACACUGUCCGUGCUGCAGAGGUUUGGAUGGACUCUUACAAGCAGCACUUCUACAACCGAAACCCUCCAGCACGCAAGGAAUCGUAUGGGGAUAUAUCUGAAAGGAUUGUGCUGCGAAAGCGGCUUCAGUGUAAGAGUUUUGAAUGGUACCUGCAGAACAUCUACCCCGGCCUGCAUGUGCCAGAGGACAGGCCUGGUUGGCACGGAGCGGUGCGUAGUGCUGGAGUUCACUCUGAAUGUCUGGACUAUAAUGCCCCGGACCACAACCCCACAGGAGCUCACCUUUCCCUGUUUGGCUGCCAUGGUCAAGGUGGUAAUCAGUACUUCGAGUACACAUCUCAAAAGGAGAUUCGGUUUAACUCCGUGACAGAGCUGUGUGCUGAGGUUCAGGAUGGAAUGACACACAUAGGGAUGAAGCAUUGUCCGCAUGACGGUGCUCCCAGACCUCCUGGCAUCAUAUGGGAUUUCAAAGAUGAUGGCAGCAUAUAUCACCCUCAUUCAAACAUGUGUAUCACCUCCUACCGCACAGAAGACGGCCGUGCAGAUAUCCAGAUGAGAAGUUGCUCUCCUGGAGACAAACACCAGCGCUGGAGCUUUGAGUGACUUUAAAACCCACGUGAACUUGGAUGUAAGUGCAAUUAUCAAAAAGAAUGUCACUUCUGACUUGGCAUUAAAAAAGGAGUGAAGAACAGGCAUAAAAAUGGGACCCAUCCAUCCAUAUAGUGCCUUUGCAAACCAAAGUGGACAUACUUGUAGUGCCAAUUCUUGCGUUUCCUUGUUAGAGACAUUCAAUGUGCUAUUCUAAGUCCAAAGUGCAUAUUAGAACUAUUAAUAACACACUGUAGCAAAUUCAACCAUCCAGCGUGUUGGAACAGCAUUUUUGUUUACACUGAUGCACUAUACGCUUCUAGUGAAUCAUUAGACUCAGCAGUAACUAAUCUUUAGAUCUACUGCACAGCAAUUUUAUUUAAUUGUAUCAGAAGUGACUGAUUUGAGGAUGUCGUGAGUGGGUUUGUCUUGAUUGUCAUCUGUUGUUCUCUUGUUAUAUUUUUGUGUCAUUUUGAGGCUGUUUUUGUAUUACUAGGGAAUUUAGGAUCUUUUCACCUUAUUUUGUGUAAGCUGCAUGGACUAUUUUGGCACACUGGUGUUGUGGAUCUGUACCAGCAUUUUAAGGGGCCGUUUACACGACAACGUUUUCAACCAAA